CUGCACCCCUCAAUUCUUGGCCAUCGCAACUACUAGUAGCGUUGAGAGAGAGAAGCGAAGGGCGAAAGGAUGGAGGGGCAGUACUGCUUCACCUCCACCAACGACAAACCAAGAAAGCCGUCGCCGCCAGCGGCCGGGAAAAGGGCGGCAGCGGCAGCGGCAGCGGCAGUCGGGAGCGCAGGCGGUGGCGGUAAGGAUAGGCCGUACAGAGGAGUCAGGAUGCGAAAGUGGGGGAAGUGGGUAGCUGAGGUACGGGAGCCCAACAAGCGAUCGCGGAUUUGGCUGGGGUCCUACUCCACCGCGGUGGCCGCCGCCAGGGCCUACGACACCGCCGUCUAUUACCUCAGGGGCCGUUCCGCCAGACUCAACUUCCCCGACGAGAUCCUCUCUGAUGACCCGGUGGUCGGAGGCGCCCCCAUGUCGGCCGCGUUGAUUCGGAAGAAGGCCACCGAGGUGGGCGCAAGAGUGGACGCACUCUGGAUGGGUCUCAUGUCACCAACGCCGCCGCAGCAGCAACAGCAACGACCACAUAGGGAACACCAUCAACACCGGCUUCAGUUUCAGCAGCAGCAGCAGCAGCCAACUCGGGCGGCUAAAAACCCUGAUCUCAAUCAGCAGCCGAGCCCCGAGAGCUCUGAUGUGGACUAGAACACUAGUCUAUGUAUAUGUGUUCUUCAGUCUUCAUCAGCUUUUGGUCGGCCUGUUCGCCGAUGAUGAAGGUUAGCUCAGACCGAGAGUUAUCUUUCUUUUA